AGUUUCUUUUAUUUAUUUUUUUAAAUACAUAAACACAUGCUCACAGCAGCAGUACAACAAAACAAUACUCCAUGUCAGUAAAAAUAAAGCGUAUUUAUUUGAACAUGAACGUCAUGAACUACAUUGGAAGCCGGGUGACGCGUUUGCGUGAUGAUGACGAUGCAUCUUUGCCAUAGACGAUCUUUGUGUUUGAUCAGCUGACUUCGGAAUUUUCGAGUUACAAAACAUUGGAGCAGCACACGGUGACUUUACUUCAUAUACUGAGAGAAACGCGUUGUCUGCGUGGAUGUAAAUAACGGAUUAUGACAAAGAAUGGAUCCUGUUACAGCUCCGAUACAGAACGACAUUGAGACAGAGCCAAGUUCAGUCUGGAGCUGGUGGCCUUCCUGGUGUCCAACCUCCAUGUCCCUUUUGAAGACAACAGAGGCCAAGAUUCUUGGCUGUCUUCAGAAUGAUCUAUGGGCCAGGUUUGUGACUUUAUCAAACCAGGAUCGAAUAUGGACUUUGAGCCUGACCAACAAAGCGGCUCCCAAACCUGCAACUCCUAAGACUCCCCUGGUGAUGGUCCAUGGCUUUGGAGGAGGGGUAGGUUUGUGGAUCAGGAACCUAGACGCACUGAGCCGGUCACGGACCGUCUAUGCCUUUGACCUCCUGGGCUUUGGUCGUAGCUCCAGGCCUCAAUUCCCCACAGAUGCUGCCAAGGCAGAGGAGCAGUUUGUCCAGUCUAUUGAACAGUGGAGAGAGUCUGUCGGCCUGGACAGCAUGAUUCUGCUGGGGCACAGUCUGGGAGGGUACCUGGCUACCUCCUAUGCCAUCCAGUACCCGUCACGAGUGUCACAUCUUAUCCUGGUCGACCCCUGGGGUUUUCCAGAGCAACCGCAGACACAGAACCAGGAGAGUCAUGGUCAGGCGACAGAGGUGGUGAAGAGGACGUCCCCUCCCCGUUGGGUGAAAGCUAUCGCAAGGGUGGUUUCUUACUUCAACCCACUGGCUGUGAUUAGAGCGGCCGGCCCACUGGGUCCAGGCUUGGUGAACAGAUUCCGCCCCGAUUUCAAAAGGAAAUUUGAAGACCUGUUUGAUGAUGACACAAUGACGCAGUACAUCUACCACUGUAACGCGCAAACCCCGAGUGGUGAGGUGGGUUUCCGUGCCAUGUCCAAGUCUCUGGGCUGGGCUAAGAGGCCGAUGCUGCAGCGGGUUCACCUGCUGCCGCCCUCCAUGCCUCUCACCAUGCUGUAUGGAGAAUACUCGUGGGUGGACUCCUCGUCUGGGGACAAGGUGGUACAGAUGAGAAGCGAGGCCCACACCAAACUGCUGAUGAUCGAGAAAGCCUCUCACCACGUGUAUGCCGACCAACCACAGGAGUUCAACAGAGUGGUCGAGAAUACAUGCAGCUCCGUGAACUGACGGCGCGUGUCAAUGUGGAAACUUGAACUGGAAGUCUAGACGGCUCAUCCUGGUGGUUUUAACAGUGCAACCUCAUGUGUAUUUCCAUCUACUGCUGUGAAACGAAUGUUGGGAGUCAGUUCACCGAGCGAACACGUUGUGUUACACCCUGAAAAAAGGGAAACGUGAAUGAAGACUCUCAAACCCCGAUGCCUACCUCGUUGGCAGCUUCACUGAGAGUGAGACACUGAGCUGAGAAGCUGGUUAGGGGUUAGCCUUCCAGCUUAGCUCAUCAAUCAGGAGGAGCAAAGGCUGAGCAGGUAGAUCACAGAUCUCUUCUUCUAAAGGCAUUUGAGCCUUAUGACAAAACUUAUUUAUGAUUACAUUUGCUGUUUCACAGUUUUUAUUUAAUCUCCUGUCCUAACAAAAACAGUUAGGUUAACAAUACUGUCUAAUAUAUAUAUAUAUAUAUCAUUUAUCAUUCAUUUAGCUAACGCUGAAUUAUGCUUCCUGUAUAUUCUUUGUCUCACAUCAGCCAUUAAGUACUGUACCCGUCACACGGCAUCACGCAUUUGUAUUUUAUACACCGAAGACAAUAAAAACUCUUUUGACACA